AUGAACUGCCAGAGAUACAUCUCUCAUCGUGGCUCACGAGCCCUGGAACGACAACUAAUCUAUCCAUUUGCACGAGAGAAGCUUGUGAACUGGACCGUCCAGAUUGCAUAUCACAAUCCUUUGAAAACGGUACGACCGGUCUCUCUCAUACGUUCUCCUUCGUCACUGACCGUCUUUUUGUUUUCAGACGUGUUCUGUGGCACCACAAGUGAGAUGUCUUGGUCGGACUCCCCUCCUUCACCGAGUGCUAUGUCUCAUUUGCCUACCAUGCUGUCCCAAGUCACAAAUGCUGUGAAUAUGUUACACCCUGCCAUGUCGGGAAACGGCGAAUUGUUCUUGGGCGGCCACCUUGCAGCAGGCUUCAGCCCACGUCCACUCGAACAUCCCACGUACUCGUUGAUGGAUGAGGACGAUGAAGACAUCACCGGUGAACAGUAUCAUCUUGCUAUGGGUGUUCUCCACCAAGACACUGCGCAUAAAUAUGAAUCAAUACUUACAAUGUACAAUGAAGAAUUCUCCAUGUUCCCUCUCACCAUGGACUGUCCGAUUAAUCCAUUCCGGGUCCGCAAAAUCCGCGGAGGAGAGUCCGACUUCCUUCUACACGCCAUAGUGGCCAUGGCUUCACAGCAUCUUGCAAAACAAACCAAUCGAGCAGACCUGACCCUCCAAGUACACAAUCACCGUUCAACGGCUAUCCAACUCUUUGCCCAAGCUCUUUGUCAGUCAGACCCAUUCACCCUUCUAGAUGGACUUCUCUUGAUCGUCAGUCUUGAUCUCACCCAGUCUGCUUUGGGGACCUGGGGUAUUCACUUGGAUGGGGCUCGAAGGCUCCUUGAGGCUGCCAAUGCCCUACAAAUUAGUCAGAGGAGCGCUCGCAUACGGGCACAAAUCGCAUUCCUAGUUUGGUGGGACGUCACACUCGCCUUCAUAUCUCGAGAUGACCUGCACCUUCCACUGUCCUACCUCGAUAUGUUGGUGGAGCAUGGUGACAGUCCAGACUGGUCAUUCUUUGCACUGAAUGGGUGCCCGAUCGAACUCGUGGUCGCCAUGGCGAAACUCGCAAAAUUGGCGUCGAUCUAUGAGAAGACUCAACAGAUGGAAUGGACAAUAUUUGACAGAACUCCCGUGGACCAGGUCAUCACCGAGGUCAAAGACUUUGUCAACAAGGAAGAUGCAACUUUGAUAGAUAUUGGGCUCGCAGAAGAUGAUAUCGAUGCGCAGCGAGAUCGCUUUCAUUGUAUCGAAGCUUGGAGGCAUGCGAUUCUUCUCUACACCUGUCGGGUGUUCGACCGUCCGCAAGAGUCGAUGGGCCUUCGAGUGAUCAGUCACUUGACCCGUGUCAUUCUUGACCAUGUACGCUGCAUCUCUCGGAGAUCGUUCAUCCAGAAACAGGUUCUCCUGCCUGUGUUCUUGGCUGGGUCGGAAGUCAGCGACGAGCAAGAUCGUGCAUUUAUACGGGAAUACUGCAAACAUUGGAGUGCUGCAGCCCGAUUCUACAUGUUUGAAUCUACCAGAUUCCUCUUGGAAGAUAUUUGGGGAGACUGGGACUCAUCAACAAGAGGAUCAUAUUGGUGGGGCCUCAAAGUCGGUCUCAACAACGGUAACGGCACAACAGGCGAAAGCAGCGAAUUGCCUAUGCAGGUCCUCCUAGGCUAG